AUGGGCUUUCCGACACCUUCCGAGCCGUUUGAGGAGUCGGAGAGCCCUAGUACUGUACUCACCGAGCUUUUAGGCAAUGAGGACUUGUCCACGUGGGAUCCGAUAGGCUGGCCUCCAGGCGAUCUGCUGAUUGGGACGGAUCAGAUUUCAGCCCUUGUUGAUACAGCCCUUCAAGACAUCAACCCCAAUUUGCUCGAUUGUUUUGAGACCAAUCACUUGUUUCAACCUACGCACUACCCAAAUUACGACGAAGAUGAAGCCCAUAUCAACCAUACCGGGGAUAGGGUCCAGAGAUCGGCUAUGGAGACCGAGUCAUCCUAUAGCACUCAGCAACAAUUCAUGGUAGAGAUUUCUGCUUCCACUGAAGACCCAUCCGACAUCUCCAAUACCGACGCAAGUAUCUGGGAUGCUCUCCAUGGACCUACUCCGAUGGCUUAG